AUGGAGCCAUCAUUAUCACAGGGAGCAGGCUAUGGUUUGAUAGUGGGGGGCGGUGCAUUCUUCGCUAUAGUAAUGAACUACAUUACUUUUAUACAAAAUAAGUAUAGUAAAUAUAGUUCAAAAAAAGUAGACGAGUUUGUAUCAGGAAGUAGAUCUGUUGGAUUUGGGUUAUUGUUAAGUGGCAUAUUAUCCAACUGGACUUGGAGUUUAACCUUAUUGGAAUCAGCUGUGAAAAGUUAUGAUAUCGGCAUUAGUGGAAGUUACUGGUAUGCAAUUGGUGGUUUACUACAAGUUAGUGUGUUUUCUGUUGUUUCCUCAAAAAUCAAGAAAAAUGCAAAUUUAGUCACCACGUUUCCCGAGAUGGCAUUUUUCAGGUUCGGCAAAGCUGGUCACUUGAGCUUCCUUUGGUGUGGUUUUGUAUGCAAUGCUAUAGUUAGUUCAUGCAUCUUACUCGGUGGCUCUGCUGUCUUCAAUGCUGUUACCGGUGUAAGUCAAUAUGCUGCGUUGUUCUUAAUACCAUUUGGUUGUGCUGUCUAUGUUAGCUUUGGAGGGCUAAGAGCAACAUUUAUAUCAGAUGCAACUCACACAUGUAUUAUUUUAUUAUUCAUUGUUGUUUUCAUGUUGGAGGUAUAUUUUGGAAAUGAUAAAAUUGGAUCUCCAAAGAAAAUGUGGGAGUUGCUAGAGUCCUUGCCACCAGUUGAAGAGAAUUACCAUGGAUCAUACCUCACGUUCAGAUCACAGCAAGGUGCAAUCUUUGCGGUGAUCAGUAUCAUUACUGGAUUUGGAUUAGUGGUUAACGAUCAAGCAUACUUGUCAAGAGCAGUUGCAGCAGAUCCAAGAAUUACCUCAAGAGCGUACUUUUUUGCGUCCAUAUGUUGGUUUGUCAUUCCAUUUGCAAUGGGGGCUAGCUUGGGACUCGCAGCAAAAGCAUUAACCGUGUAUCCUGAUUUCCCAACUCUAUCAGAAUCCGAAGUUGGCGAAGGCUUGCCGCCAGUAGCUGCGGCAAUAUACUUGAUGGGCAAUUCGGGAUCAGCUAUGAUAUUAGUUAUGAUUUUCUUUUCAGUUACUUCAUCAUUCUCGGGGGAGUUAAUCGGUACGUCAACUUUAAUAUCGUAUGAUAUUUACAAACGCUACAUCAAACCAGACGCUACUCCACAUCAAGUUGUUAAAGUUGCAAAGAUUAGUGUUUUUGGAUGGGCCAUUUUUUCAUCUUGCUUAGCUUCAAUUUUCUAUGGAGCUGCUCAUAUAUCGAUGGGCUGGCUAUUCAACUUUUUAGGCUGUGCAACAGGAGCUGGAGUUUUUCCAAUUGCAUUAUCAUUCGUGUGGAAAGAUUUAAACAAAAUAGGCGCUGUUGGUGGUGCUGUUGGUGGCAUGGUUCUUGCCAUUAUCGCGUGGUUGGUCACUUGCAAAGCUUAUUUGGGGGAGAUCAAUGUUGUGAAUUUGUCGCAGCAAUGGGUAUCAUUUACGGGUAAUGUCACUGCAUUAUUAAUGGGUGGAAUAAUCUCAAUCACUGCAUCUUUGAUUUGGCCAGCUAAUUUUGAUUUUGAAGAGACGAGAAACAGGACAAGUUUGACUAGUUCAAAAACAGAAAAGGAUCAAAUUGAACCUGUAGAAAGCAGCGGUAACAGUAACAGUAACAGCAUCAGCAUCAGCUUCAACGUCAACAACGACAACGGCAGUAGCGGCGCUAGUGACAAAGAUUUGAAAUCAAUAGACAAACAAGAUGAAUUGAAACAAGUUGAAAUCGAAUCGGUUUCUCAAGAUUCUGACUUAGAUAUGGAUUUAAACGCAGUAAUCGACCAUAAACAUUUGGAUCAUCAGUUUAAAAAAUAUUGUGGUCUUGUUGCUCUUCUUGCAAUUGUUUUCACACUUGUUAUCCCAAUUCCAUUAGGUGCUUCACCAUAUGUAAUGAGUCAAGAUUUUUUACAGAAUCUACUAAAAAAUCCACAGGAUAUUUUUAAGCUUCGAAGUCCUCAGUCUGGGGAAACUAAAUCCAAUGUUAAUUUGUUUAAUGAAUUGACUAAAUCAAUAAUUAGUCCAUUAGUUUCAAAGUAUUCAGUGUUGGAUGAGGUAUAUAUAGAUGGAUUAGACUCAACACAAGUUUUUGGCCAAACAAAGAUUGUGCUUGAUGGGAUAGGAAAGAGGUUGUUGCGUGAUGAAAUUCCGAAAAUGCGGGCCCAAAUCGGGGAGGUGGAAGAUGAAGAGGGAGAUGAGGAAGAGGAAGAUGAAGAGGAGGAGGAAGGAGAAGGGGGAGAAGAAGAAGAAGAAGAGGUGGUGGUGAAAGGAGGAGAAGAAGAAGAGGAGGUGGCGGAAGAGGAAGAGGAAGUGGAAGAGGAGGUGGCGGAAGAGGAAGAGGAAGUGGAAGAGGAAGAGGAAGAGGAAGAUGAAGAAGAAGAAGAGGAGGAGGAAGAAGAAGAAAAUGAAAAAUUGGGCACUGACUCAGAGGAGAACGAGCUAGACCAUAAAAAGGAUGCAUUUGGGCUUAAUGAUGGAUUUUUCGAUAUUGACCAAUACAAGAAACACGUUCUUGCAUUAGAAAAUGAAGAAGACAGUGGAAAUGCUUCAGAAGAGAUUGAUUAUUUUGCAAGUCUAAGUGGCGAAAGUGAGGAUGAUGAAGAAGAAGAGCAAAUGGAUUAUUACGAUGAUUUUUACGAAAAGCCUGGGAAUAGAAAGGGGAAGAAACAGCAAAGUAAGGAAUCAGAAGAAGGAGAAGGAGAAGGAGAAGAGAUUGAAGAUUUUGCUGAUGAGGAUUAUGAGAAAGCAAUUGACUCAGUGAGACUUGAUUUGUUUGCAGAAGAAGAGGACAAGGAUGAAGGUAAAAAAACUAGUGAAAAUCUCUCCACAUUUGAAAAGCAGCAGCGAGAAUUACAAAAAGAGAUAGCCAAGUUAGAGGCAGAGUUGAUUGCUGAGAAAAAAUGGACGUUAAAAGGUGAGGUAACAUCGAACGAGAGGCCAAAGGAGUCGCUUUUAGAAGAAAACGAAAUAACAUUUGACCGAACAGCGAAACCAGUACCUACAAUCACUCAAGAGGUAACUGAAACUAUCGAGGAUUUAAUUAGAAAGAGGAUUAAAAACGAUGAUUUUAAUGACCUACCUCGAAGAAUAAUCCAGGAUUUGUCUAAAUUUCACAAAGGUCCACAAGUGGAGGUUUCAGAACAAAAAUCGGCAAGAUCACUAGCUGAGCUUUAUGAGGAUGAAUACAACCAAGUAGAUGCACAAAGAGACGCAUUGAAUGAGGAGGAAAAAAAACAGCACGAGGAGAUUAGUGAAUUAUUUACAAUGGUUACACACAAACUCGACGCACUUUGUUCGGCUCAUUUUAUUCCCAAACCGCAUCAAGUUAAAGAUAUCGAAAUCAAAGUUACUGAUGCUAGUGCUCCUCUUAUUAGUAUGGAAGAUGCACAACCUUUAAACGUUUCAAGCGAGUCGAGACUAGCGCCUCAAGAAAUAUACAAAAUCGGCGAUGACGCGGCAGUGGCGGCGACUGCGAAAGGUUUUAGUGAUGACCCGCGAUCCCAGUGGAAAUCGGAAGUACAGUUUAAAUCUGGGCUUUCUUAUUCAAAAAGUGAAAUAAAUCGUGAUGAAAAACAAAGGCUUAGAAGAGCCAACAAGAGGAAAAAAAUGAAAAACUUUAAGCAAAGAGAAGAAUUUAAGAGACAAAGAACUUUGCAAGAACCUAAAUCUGAUGGGGAAAAGAAAAUAAAAAAUAAUCAAGUUACCGAUACCUUAUCUAAAGCAAAGAAUGUUACAAUUAUCGGUAAAAAGGGCGAGCUAAGAGAUAUUCAAGGAAACUUGAAGAGGACAAUUGCUUCACAAACACCAACCAACUUUAAAUUAUGA